AUGAGGCCAAAUCCAAUCACCUCAUACCCAAUUGAGAGCAAACAGUCCAUACCCAAGCCUCAGCCAAAACCACCUCAGAAAACCAAACUGGAGGACAAGAUGCCACCAGAGCUCCCCCUGGCAUUGCAGAAGAGUGCUUUUGAAUUUAGCUACAGCCCCAAAUGGCUGAGAACUAGAACUGAGCUAGAAGGAGAAUAUUUCAGACUGACCAGCGACACAGAAAUAGCUUGCCCUGCCCACAGCAGGACACCACGGGAAAGCCUGUUCUUGGGUACCCAUAAAGGAAAGUACAUUUCAGGAUUUGGGAACGAGUGUGCCUCUGAAGAUCCUCGCUGCCCAGGAGCCCUGCCAGAAGGACAGAAUAAUCCUCAGGUCUGCCCCUACAACCUGUAUGCUGAGCAGCUCUCAGGAUCUGCUUUCACUUGUCCAAGGAGCUCCAAUAAGAGAAGCUGGCUCUAUAGGAUCCUGCCCUCAGUUUCCCACAAGCCCUUUGAAUCCGUGGACCAAGGGCAUGUCACUCACAACUGGGACGAAGUUGAUCCAGAUCCUAACCAGCUUAGAUGGAAACCAUUUGAGAUUCCAAAAGCAUCUCAGAAGAAAUUGGACUUUGUGAGCGGCCUGCAUACCUUGUGUGGAGCUGGAGACAUCAGGUCUAACAAUGGGCUUGCCAUCCACAUUUUCCUCUGCAACACCUCCAUGGGGAACAGAUGUUUUUAUAAUUCAGAUGGGGACUUUUUAAUCGUUCCCCAGAAAGGAAAGCUUCUCAUUUACACCGAGUUUGGCAAGAUGCUUGUGCAGCCCAAUGAAAUCUGCGUCAUUCAGAGAGGAAUGCGGUUCAGCAUAGACGUCUUCGAGGAGACCAGGGGUUACAUUUUGGAGGUCUUUGGUGUCCACUUUGAAUUGCCUGACUUGGGACCCAUUGGAGCCAACGGCUUGGCAAAUCCUCGUGAUUUCUUGAUACCCGUUGCCUGGUUUGAAGAUCGCCAAGUGCCUGGUGGUUACACCGUCAUUAAUAAAUACCAGGGCAAGCUGUUUGCUGCCAAGCAGGAUGUGUCCCCAUUCAAUGUGGUGGCCUGGCAUGGGAACUAUAUGCCCUACAAGUACAACCUGGAGAACUUCAUGGUCAUCAAUUCAGUGGCCUUCGACCAUGCAGACCCAUCCAUUUUCACAGUACUGACUGCCAAGUCUCUCCGCCCUGGAGUGGCCAUCGCUGAUUUUGUCAUCUUCCCACCUCGAUGGGGGGUUGCUGAUAAGACCUUCAGACCUCCUUAUUAUCACAGAAAUUGCAUGAGUGAAUUCAUGGGACUCAUCAAAGGUCACUAUGAGGCAAAGCAAGAUGGGUUCCAGCCUGGAGGAGGCAGCCUGCACAGCACGAUGACCCCCCACGGGCCUGACGCUGACUGCUUUGAGAAGGCCAGCAAGGCCAAGCUGGCACCUGAGAGGAUUGCUGAUGGCACCAUGGCAUUUAUGUUUGAGUCUUCCCUCAGUAUGGCUGUCACCAAGUGGGGGCUCAAGACCUCCAAUUGUUUGGAUACUAACUACUACAAGUGUUGGGAGCCUCUCAAGAGUCACUUCACCCCCAAUUCCAGGCACCCUGUAGGCCCUAAUUGAGACUGGAACACUGCUGGCAUAAUUGAGAAUGGAUCUACAUGGUUUGCUUUAGAAUCUUGUACCCUUGAGCAGUAUUAGGAAAGGAAGCUGGCUAGAAUGAGAACUCACUUUUUCUCAGUCAAGUAACUCAGAACAUUUGUUAAAAACUUGUCUGAAAAAAGCUCUACAAAUGUCAGCUUAACUUCUCAAUAAAUACUUUCUGGUGUUCUGUG